CAGAUGGCGACGAAGAUCCCUGUGGGUCGCUCCAUCCGUCGCACGCACCUCUGUGGUGCCGGGCCGCAGGCGCCGUCGCUGCACUUCCGGGCGCCAUUCAAGGAUGCAGAAGAUCUCAGUGCUGCUUUUCCUGGCCUGGGUGAGCUUCCUCUUCUACGCCGGCAUUGCUCUCUUCACCAGUGGCUUCCUGCUCACCCGUUGGGAGCUCACCAACCAUAGCAGCUGUCAAGAGCCCCCAGGUCCUGGAGCCCUGCCAUGGGGGGGCCGAGGGGAACCCGGAGCCUGCUGGAUGGCUUCCCGAUUCUCUCGGCUCGUGUUGGUGGUGAUAGAUGCUCUGCGAUUUGACUUUGCCCAGCCCCAGCGCUCACCUGUGUCUGGGGAGCCUCCUGUCUCCCUACCUUUCCUGGGUAAAAUGGGCUUCUUGCAGAGGCUCCUGGAAAGUCAGCCCCACCAUGCCAGGCUCUACCAAGCCAAGGCUGACCCCCCGACCACCACCAUGCAGCGCCUCAAGGCCUUAACCACCGGUUCACUGCCUACCUUUAUUGAUGCUGGCAGUAAUUUUGCCAGCAGCGCCAUAGUGGAAGAUAAUCUCAUUAAGCAGCUUUCCAGUACAGGAAGACGUGUGGUUUUCAUGGGAGAUGAAACCUGGAAUGAUCUUUUCCCUGGAGUUUUCUCCCAAGCUUUAUUCUUCCCAUCCUUCAAUGUCAGAGACCUAGAGACAGUGGACAAUGGCAUCAUGAAACACCUCUACCCAACCAUGGACAGUGACAAAUGGGACGUGCUGAUUACUCACUUCCUGGGUGUGGAUCACUGUGGCCACAAGCAUGACCCAUACCAUCCUGAAAUGGCUAAGAAACUUACCCAAAUGGAUAAAAUGAUCCAGGGACUUGUGAAGCGUCUGAAGAAUGACACACUGCUGGUCGUGACUGGGGACCAUGGGAUGACCAUCAGUGGGAACCAUGGAGGAGAGAGUGAGCUGGAAACCUCAGUUGCACUUUUUCUAUAUAGUCCCAGAGCUCUCUUCCCCAGCGCUCCUGCAGAGAAGCCAGAGAUAAUUCCUCAGAUCAGUCUUGUGCCUACGCUGGCCCUGCUGCUGGGCCUGCCCAUCCCAUUUGGAAACAUCGGGGAGGUGAUAGCUGAGGUGUUCUCAGAGAUUGAAGACUCCCAGCCUCGCUCCUCUGCUCUGGCCCAAGCCUCAGCUCUGCAUCUCAAUGCCCAGCAGGUGUCCCGAUUUCUUCACACCUACUCAGCCACCGCUCAGGACCUUCAAGUACAGAAGCUGCAUCGAUUGCAGAAACUCUUCUCCAAGGCUUCUGCUGACUACCAGCGACAUCUGCAGAGCCCCCAGGGGGCUGAGGCAGCGCUCCAGACUGUGAUUCCUGAGCUGCAGCAGUUCCUGCGGGGAGUUCGGGCCAUGUGCAUUGAGUCUUGGGCUCGUUUUUCUCUGGUCCGCAUGGCAGGGGGUGCUGCUCUUUUGGCUGCUACCUGCUUUCUUUGCCUACUGGUAUCCCAGUGGGCAGCAUCCCCAGCCUUCUAUUUCGGCCCUCUCCUAAGACCCAUGGCCUCGGGUCUGAGUGGGGCCAUGGUGUGUGCUGGACUCCUGGCAUCUACUGGGCUGAAGCUGGAUUUCGUGGUUGUAGGGGCCAUGGCUGCAGUGGGCUCACUCCUGCCUUUUCUGUGGAAAGCUUGGGCGAGCUGGGGAUCGAAAAGGCCCCUGGCAUCUCUCCUUCCCAUGCCCGGGCCAGUCCUGUUGCUCCUGCUCUUUCGCUUUGCUGGUUUCUUCUCCGAUAGCUAUAUUGUAACCGAGGCCAGGGUUGCCCCCUUCCUUCUGAUCUCACUCAUCUUGCUCCUGCUUGCCCGACUUCACUGGGAGGGCAAGCUGCUGCCACCUAAGCUACUCUCGAUACCUCGCCUUGGCUUUUUGACUCCAGCAGGCCCCCCGCAGUACAGUGCCAUGCAUGCCGUGGGACUUGGAGUUGGGUUGCUUCUAUGUAUAAGGCUAGCAGGACUUUUUUAUCGCUGCCAUGAAGAGACACCUGUUUGCAGCUCCUCUCCCUUGCUGAGUCCCUUGCGAUCCACAGUGGGCGGUCGAGCCAAGAAUUUGUGGUAUGGAGCUUGUGUCGGGGCGCUGGUGGCCCUGUUAGCCUCUGUGCGGCUGUGGCUUCGCUGCUAUGGUAAUCUCAAGAGCCCUGAGCCCCCCAUGCUCUUUGUGCGCUGGGGGCUGCCCCUAAUGGGGCUGGGCACUGCUGCCUACUGGGCAUUGGCAUCAGGGGCAGAUGAAGCACCCCCCCGUCUCCGGGCCCUGGUCUCUGGGGCGUCAGUUAUGCUGCCUCGGGCUGUGGCAGGGUUGGCCGCUUCAGGGCUCCUGCUGCUGCUCUGGAGGCCAGUGGCAGUGCUGGUGAAGGCCACAGCAGGUGCUCCGGGGGCCAGGACUGUCCUCACUCCCUUCUCGGGCCCCCCCGCCUCUCAGGCUGACCUGGAUUACGUGGUUCCUCAAAUCUACCGACACAUGCAGGAGGAGUUCCGGGGCCGGCUAGAGAGGACCAAAUCUCAGGGUCUGCUGACGGUGGCCGCCUAUCAGUUGGGGAGCGUCUACUCAGCUGCUGUGGUCACGGCCCUCACUCUCUUGGCCUUCCCACUUCUGCUAUUGCAUGCAGAGCGCAUUAGCCUUGUGUUCCUGCUUCUGUUUCUGCAGAGCUUCCUUCUCCUGCAUCUGCUUGCUGCCGGGAUACCCAUCACCACCGCUGGUCCUUUCACAGUGCCGUGGCAUGCAGUCUUUGCGUGGGCCCUCAUGGCCGCACAGACCUUCUACACCACCGGCCACCAGCCUGUCUUUUCAGCUAUCCAAUGGCAUGCAGCCUUCGUGGGAGUCUCAGAGAGUCGUGACUUUACCUGGCUGUCUGCUUUCCUGGUGGGAGCCAACACCUUUGCCUCCCAUAUUCUCUUUGCAGUAGGUUGCCCGUUGCUCUUGCUCUGGCCCUUUCUGUGUGAGAAUCAAGGAUCCCGGAAGAGGCGGCAGCCCCCAGGAAAUGAAGCUGAGGCCAGAGUCAGGCCUGAGGAGGAGCAGGAGCCACUGAUGGAGAUGCGGCUCCGGGAUGCACCUCACCACUUCACUGCGGCACUGCUGCAGCUGGGCCUCAAGUACCUCUUUGUCCUUGGUAUUCAGAUUCUGGCCUGUGUCUUGGCAGCCUCCAUCCUCCGCAGGCAUCUCUUGGUCUGGAAGGUGUUUGCCCCCAAGUUCAUUUUUGAGGCCGUGGGCUUCAUUGUGAGCAGCGUGGGACUUUGUCUAGGCAUAGCUUUGGUGAUGCGAGUAGAUGGUGCUGUGAGCUCCUGGUUCAGGCAGUUAGUUCUGACCCAGCAGAAAGCUGGAGAAAAAUCUAGCCUGGUCUAUACGGGUGCUGGAUCAUCUGCAAGAGAGGCUCAGCCACACCUCUUACCGCCAUGCAGCCAGGACCCACUGACAUCCGGGACUUCAUUAUUUUAUAAUUCAAGAUCAUAGUGGAGCCUAAUUCCUGACUCCUGCAUUGGAUACAUCUGAGGAACUGAGGGGCUGUCUCCAAAGUGGAAUAAAAUAAUAAUGUAAAUGUA